GGCGGUCUAUCGAUAACGGGGUGAACAGCUGACUUUCACCCAUCUCGAAUGACAAAGUAAACAAAUAAACAUCCAGAAAAAAAAAAAAUGGCAUUUUGCAUAGCAGUUAUUGGCAAGGAUAAUGCCCCACUGUACUUGACCACAGCCGAUAUGGAGCAGGAACUGGAUUUGCAAUAUCACGUACACGCCGCAUUGGACGUCGUGGAGGAAAAGUGUUUGAUUGGCAAGGGUGCUCCCGAGUCCAAGGAACUCUACCUGGGACUGCUCUACUCCACGGAGAACCACAAAAUCUAUGGCUUUGUGACGAAUACCCGGGUGAAAUUCAUAGUGGUCAUCGAUUCCAGCAAUGUGGCUCUGCGCGAGAACGAAGUGCGAGCGAUCUUCCGCAAUCUCCACUUGCUCUACACAGACGCCAUCUGCAAUCCAUUCUACAUUCCCGGCGAAUCACUAACUUCCAAGAAAUUCGAUCGCGCUGUCCAGAAACUGAUGAGCGGCAAUGCCUAGCUGUAGAUUCAAACUAAGCUAACAAUAAAGCGAAUUAUUUAUCAA